AUGGAUCCGGCAGUGGCGUGGUAUCAGGAGGAACAGGAUGGUCCCUCGAAAAUGGUCUGGAUGCGCAUCUGGGAAACCAACUCUGAUCUGUACGGGUCGCUGCACGCCAACUACGGUCCGGGAGGUAACGGACAUGAUUCGCUGAAGGGCCCACCGAUCCGUGGUGCCCUCGGUAGUAGUGGCGAUCAGAAGCAGCAUGAGCUGCAUCAGCAGUUUAUCAACGGGAACAAUGGUGCCAUGUGUGGUGGUAACAAUCUUCAGCAGCUGUCCCCCGCGCUCGAUGCGGUUGGGAAGAACAACAGCAUGAAUAGCAUCAACAACAACAACAAUGGGCUAAACACCGGGUCUAGUGUGAGCAAUAGUAACGCUGGUAACGGUGGUAACGCGGCGCUGUCAAACGCUAGUAUACUUAACGGAAGCAACAACAAUACGGCCACGGGGGGUGGUAAUAACGGCAGUGGCAACCCCAACAGCACUACCACCACCACCAACAACAACAACAGCAGCAGUAGCAACAAUAACAACAACAACAACAUCAACAACAACAGCGGCAGCAACGUCAGCAACAGCGCACCGAACGGCGGAGGAGAGUUGAUAACGAGCGGUAACGGCGGUGGGAAUGGUGGUGGGCUCAACAUGCCCGUGAAGGGCGGAUGCGGUGGGUUGCUUAGUAACGAGAAGAACUACAAUCCGGUGCGCAAGAAACUGGGCAGCAUGAUGACCGACAACAAGGCCAGUACUUUCAACAUGAACAAGCAGCACCCGCGACUGAUCGGCGUCCACGGUGGAUGUCCGUGGCGCCCAACGAACUUUAAGUACGGUCGUGGCAUUAUCGGAUUGCACCAAGAAAUAGAGCAGUUCUAUGCGCACAUGAUCGCAACCCCAACCGAGCACGCGCUGCGGGUGAAAGUUGUAAGCAGGAUAGAACGGAUUGUGUUGAAUCUCUGGCCCUCGGCUCGUGUGGAAAUGUUUGGUUCGUUCCGAACCGGGCUCUACCUUCCAACCAGCGAUAUCGAUUUGGUUGUGAUCGGACAGUGGGAGAAGCUGCCACUCCGGACACUAGAGAUGGAACUGAUCAACCAGGGCAUCGCCGAACCAAACUCCGUCCGGGUGCUCGAUAAAGCGUCCGUGCCGAUCGUGAAGCUAACGGACCGGCAGACGCAGGUUAAGGUGGACAUUUCGUUCAACAUGGAGUCCGGCGUACAGUCGGCGAAGCUUAUCAAGGGCUUCAAGAGCAACUAUCCGGUGCUGGAGAAGCUGGUGCUGGUUCUGAAGCAGUUCCUACUGCAGCGCGAUCUUAAUGAGGUGUUUACUGGUGGCAUAUCGUCGUACUCGCUUAUCUUGAUGUGCAUCAGCUUCCUGCAGCAGCACCAUCGAAAGCCGAAUGCGUCCUCUAACCUAGGCGUGCUGUUGAUCGAGUUCUUCGAGCUUUAUGGUCGCAAGUUUAAUUAUAUGAAGAUAGGUAUUAGCGUAAAAUCAGGCCGGUACAUACCCAAGGAGGAGUUGCAGCGCGAAAUGAUCGAUGGCCAUCGACCGAGCUUGCUGUGCAUAGAGGAUCCGUUGACGCCUGGCAAUGAUAUCGGGCGAUCGUCAUAUGGUGCAUUACACGUGAAACAUGCCUUCGAGUACGCCUACAUCGUACUCAUGCAGGCUGUACUGCCAUUGGACAAGAAUCUGAACGACUGCAACCGGCAGAGCAUACUGGGCCGGAUAAUACGUGUGACGGACGAGGUGAUAGAGUACCGCAAAUGGAUAAAGGAAACAUUCGAAGAAAGACUGACCCGGCAACACAGCUUACAACCGCAAACGACAACGACGGUUCUACUGAGCGACUAUUGCCUUCCACCCCAAGCGCAGCAGCAGCAAGCACGGCACCUAUCUCAGCCGCAGAACAUCCACCAUCACCAUCAGGUGUACCCGCGGGUAGUUUUCCGAAGACGGCCCAGCACGUCGAGUGUGGAACUGUCCGAGGAAAGCAUGGACAGUGAUGGUGGGGGCGCAAGUGGAGAUUUCAGCUGCAUCCCGUCAACGACAGCCCGUGACAUUUCGCCGACCUCGUCCGCCGCUGGACUGACGACCCGCUCGCCACCGAUCGAGCUGCACGAUCUGCAGCAAAAUGGUGGCCAAGCCACGAUCAUGAUGCUGCCGGCAUCGGGCCCACUCAUGGCCGCCGCGUCCCACCCGCACGAUAUGCUCAUAGAGGAGAACAAUUUGCUAAACAUGACGCACCACCAGCACCAGCAGCAGCUGACUGCGGACCCGAACGGUAUCGUCGACAGUCAGGUGAUCAGCUACAACAACAUGAACAAUCGUCGCAUUGUACCGUCGCCUAGCCAGCACCAGCAGUCGCAACACCACCAUCACAACCAUCACCACCACCAACAGCACCUUGUUAGCGGCAAGAACCUGUACAACCGCAACAGCUCGGAGCGUAUCCUGCCGAGCAGUGGUGGCGCGACCGGCGUGAACAGCCUGGUGAACGGCGGAGGCAACGCUAGUCACGGUGGCAAUAGCAAUAGUGGUGUCACGCACGGUGCUGGGUUUGUCGCCCAGCAUCACCAACCGAUGGGCACGGCCAGCGUCAAUGGGCUUGUGCGCCACAAUAGCAAAAACCGGCGUUCCAUUACGGGAAUGCUGAAAAUCUCCACCACGCCCACCUCUCCCACCACUGCGUAUGGUUCGUGCGACAUUACCGGGCUUGCCGGUGCCAACAACAGCGUCCAUGCGAGUGGUGGUGCCAAUAGCAACAGUAAUAGUAACAAUAAUGCCACCGCUGGCAUGCUCAUAAACGACGAAAACAACCUGCACUACCGGCCGGCGAGCCCGAAGAUGCCUUCGAUCGUCGGUGCGGUGCCCUUGCUGCCUUCGAAUGCGAUAGCGGGCACAAACGUGGUCAUAGUGUCCGCUGGUGGUGGCUCGGUGCUGUCCAAUCCGGCAAAGUUUUUCACCAGCAACAGUAGCAAUGUGGUCGGCGUUGGCGGCGGCGGCCUCAACAUCACCAACACCAACUCCAGUAGUAGUAGUAGCGGCGGUGGUGGCGCUGGCAAAAAGUCCUCCCAAAGCGGCACCAACGCUUCCAAGCGCAAAAAGACCGUUUCGCCGGGGGAGAAAAAAAGUGGCCCAAUGGCGGUAACGGCGGCGGGACCAACGUCAAUAAGCUUCGGGUUGGCAUUGGCCGGGCCUGGGGGUAGCGUGACCGGUGGUGGUAACGCGACGGCAGGCUUGGACAGCCGAUGAUAGCCAGUCUGGAGGGGCGAGUUGUUGGAGAGGAUACGGUUCUAUCACUGUUAGAAAUUAACCAAAAAGAAAAAAAAACACACACACACAUAUAUAUAGAUGCGAGAACCCUUUCCCCCGAUACGUCCUGUGCGGGGCUACGAGGAAAGACGACAGGGCUCCGACGGGCCACCGGCGCACACCCUUCCAUUUCAAAUAACCGGUGAGGCCGGAGUGAUUGGACGAAGCCGUCGGCUCCACAAGGUGGGCGCCGCAUGCUGUCGCGCUAGGCACGGCAAUGUGACGAUACUGAUUGUGAUGCGUGGGAUUAGAUGGGGAACCUUAGAACCUUAAAACUAGGGAAUGUGCGAAGGAGCAACGCGCGAAACCUCCGGGACGUGGGUGCGUGAGUGAUUCUUAGGCGAGAGAUUAGAAACGCAAUUCCUAGCAUUCGCUCAAUAGCCAAGCUACAUAAUCUAUUUUUAUUAAUGUUAUUAUCCUUACUACU